AUGAAGGCCAUUGUGGUGGCCGGAACGCACAGCGGCGUGGGCAAGACGAGUGUUGCCGUGGGGCUCAUGGCCGCCUUCCGCCGGCGAGGACUCCGCGUGCAGCCGUUCAAAGUCGGACCCGAUUUUCUGGACCCGAUGCACCAUCAGGCGGCUACAGGGCGAGACUCGUACAACCUGGAUGGGUGGAUGCUCAACAGGGAGGCCAACGUGGCGUGUUUCACCCGAUUCGCAGACUCAACUGACGUGGCAGUAGUGGAGGGCGUGAUGGGGCUAAUUGACAGCAGCAGCAUCAGAAUCAGGCCCUCCCCUUGUUCUCCCUGUCCCUUCCCUCACGUUCCCCUCCUCCCUCCUUACCCUCUCGCCCUCUCCUAUUUCUCGUCCUCAACUGACGUGGCAGUAGUGGAGGGCGUGAUGGGGCUAUUCGACGGUCGAGAUGGCAAGACAGAGGUCGGCAGCACUGCAGAGAUGGCCAAGAUCAUAGGAGCCCCGGUUGUCCUCGUUUUAGACUGCUGGUCUAUGUCUAGAAGCGCUGCAGCCAUGGUGCACGGUUACGCGUCUUUCGACCCGUCGUUGCGAUUCGCGGGGAUUAUUUUGAAUAAGGUUGCCAGCGCAGCGCAUGCCACGUGGCUGACUGAGGCGUUAGAAUCAGCACACGUCAGAGUUCCUGUCCUAGGUGGCAUUCCGAAAUCUGCUGACGUGGAGAUGCCAGAGCGCCACCUGGGAUUGCACCGGCCGGGGGUGGACGCGGACGGGGUGCCAGCUCAGCACGCCGAGCGGCUGGCGACGCUGAUUGAAGCCCAUGUGGAUCUGGACAGGCUGUUACAGCUGGCAGCUGACGUGGCAGGGGCGCCUACGAUGGGGCUAGGCGGAGGGGAGGGGAGUGUGUGUGGAGGGGAGGAUGUCGGAGAGGGGAGUGUGGUGGGUGGAGGAGGGAGUGUGGUGAUUGGGAUGGGCGGAGUGGGAGGGGGAGAGUGUGGGGGGUCAUCGGCCAAUGAGCUGCCGCCGUUGUCGAUGCCGCCCGGCAUGAAGCUUGCUCGCAUUGGAGUGGCGAGAGACGAAGCCUUUUGUUUUUACUAUCACGACAACCUGUCACUGCUCAGAGAGGCCGGCGCGGAGAUUGUGCUCUUCUCCCCUUUGACCGACCCUCUGCCGCACCGCCUCGACGCGGUUUACUUUGGAGGAGGGUACCCUGAGCUGCACGCCGCUGCUCUGGCGGCCAACACCAAGCUGGUGUAUGCUCUGAGGGCGUUUGCUGCUGCUGGCGGGGUGGUGUAUGGCGAGUGUGGGGGGCUCAUGUACCUCUCCAGGAGUAUAGAAACGAAGGAGGGUGAGGUGCACGAGAUGUGUGGUCUGCUGCCCUUUCGCACACGCAUGGUCUCCACGCUUAAGCUUGCGUAUUGCACGGUUCGCCCCCAGCCCAACUGUGUGCUGUUCCCAGCUGAGCUGGGCGAGAUGAGAGGGCAGUUCUUCCACUUCAGUGAGGUGGUGCUGGAUGACGGCUCGUUCCACGGCGACCAGCUGGAAUUCGGCAUGGAGGAGGGUGUGCUGGAUGACGUCUCAUUCCACAGCCACCAGCUGGAGUUCGGGUACCUGAUUGAGCAGCAGACCCCCGGCUCUACCGCUCGUCCAGAGGGCUACAUGGCAGGGGCAGUGCUAGCAUCCUACGUGCAUCUGCACUUCGCCUCCAACCCCUUUCUUCCCUCCCCUCCCUCCCCACCCUCCCCCUUGCCUGCCCUCCCCCUCCCCAGGUACCUUAUCGAGCAGCAAACUCCAGGCGCCACCUCCCGUCCAGAGGGCUACAUGGUGGGGGCAGUACUGGCGUCCUACGUGCAUCUGCACUUCGCCUCCAACCCCUCCCUCGCCCACGCCUUCAUAGACGCAUGCCGAACCGACCCUACCAAAUCCGCAGCCGUCGCUGCUGCCUCUGCCUCAGCAGUGGCCGGAGCAGGGGCGGCAGCGGCGGCAGCAGCAGGGGCGGCAGCUGCUGCAGCGGUGGCAGAUGCAUUGAAUGAGGACGAUAGGUUGUCGCAGCGAUCGGUCUCGUAUAAUAUGUACUCGUCCCCGGUUCACCCGAGCCAGCUGGGGUUGCAGCAGCAGCAGCAGCAGCACCAUGGGGUUUCCGGAGGUUGUGCACCCUCUUCUGUGUCUUCUGUGCAGUCUGGGAGCUCGUUUCGUAGGAGGAGUGAGAGCGGAGGGAGGUGGGAUGCGAGGGGGUUUGAUGCUGGUGGGGGGGUAUCGCCUCCUCAUUAUCUCGAGACGUAUGGGAGGGGAGGAGGUGGAGGAGUGGGGGGCGGAAGGGGAGGGAUUGGUGGGUCUGGUGGGAUGUAUUACGGUGGGGGGGUUUCGCCACCUCAUUAUAUGGAAUCAUAUGGGCGAGGAAGAGGGGGAGGGGGAGAGGCAGGGGCAGGAUAUGGGGGUAUUGGAGGACGAGUGUAUGAUCCCAGGGGGCAGUGGCAUGAGGAUAUUAUCCCCAGAGCUCAUCCGGGUACUGUUCCUGGUUCUUCAGGUGCUUAUUCAGGUGGUUUCUCAGGCAGACCGUCAGGCAUUUCGCCUGAGCACGACGACCCCACCGAGGCUGACCUCCAGGCUCGGCGGAUGGGCGCUCGCGAGGCAGAGGACCGAUCCUCACGUUCAGAAUCGUACGUGAUUGGAGAGCGCGUGGGCGGUAGCGUUGUCCCAUAUGUCAUGUUUCCGGGCGGCAGCGCCAUUGGCAGCGCUGUGGCAAUAUCAUACGGCGGACAAUCAAAUCACACAGGAUAUGGAUACGGGGCGGGCACAGGCGGCGGAAGUGGGGGGAGAACGGGCAACGGAGGAGGAGGGGGGCGGGGCGGCGUUGACUGGGCUCGAUACGAGCUCUCCCCACCCCUCCCUUACCAAUCAACAGGAUACAGCAGGGAAGGGAAUGGCAGUCAAGGGGUGGGAGGGCCGGGGUUCAUCCCCUCUCCCAUGCGAAGGUCUAUAUCUGAGCUAUGGAUGCCUGGGGGUGGGGGUGGUGGGCUUGAGGAGUUGAGCCUGGGCGGAGGGCAAGGGGCGCCUGGGCGAGGGGGAAGAGUGGGGGGAGGAGGCGGAGUGAGAGGAGGAGGAGCGAGAGGAGGAGGGGGAGAGGGGGGAGGGGGUGGGUAUGGGGGCCACGGAAGGAGAGACGGUGGGACUAGCGGAAAAGUUCAGGGAGGAGGGACGGGGGCAGGAGGAGCAGGAGGGGAGGGAGGAGGGGAGGGAGGAGGGGAGGGAGGAGGGGAAGGAGUGGGAGGAAGGAGAGGUGGAGGAGGAGGGUCUAGUAACAGAGGUGGUGGGGGUGGUUCAGUGGCGGGGAGAUCAGAAAGUGGAGGAGGAAGUGGAGGAGGAAGUGGUGGUGGUGGUAGCUCGACCUCGGAUCCCUCGGCAUACCUCUCCACCGCUGCCAAUCCCUCUUCAGCAGUUGCUUCUGGAACAGAUGGCAGGAGCUAUGCGGAUUCCGGUUCGGCUUCGGAUUAUGAUGAGAUGAAUGCGAGCGACUUGCGGAGCUCUUCGGAGUUUGAUGAGGGGCUGACGUCUAGUGGGCGGCUGUCGGACUUUGUGGGGAGCAACAGUGGGAGGAGCAUGGAGCAGAUUUUUGAGACGGGGGGAGGGGUUGGAGGAGGGGUGAAGGGGCCUUCAAGUGGGAAAUUGGCGGAUUUUGUGAGUGCAGGUGUAGGGGUUUUGGGAGAAGGAGGAGGAGGAGGGGGAGGAGGGGGAGGAGGGGGAGGAGGAGGAGGAGGAGGAGGAGGAGGAGGAGGAGGAGGAGGAGGAGGAGGAGGAGGAGGAGGAGGAGGAGGAGGAGGAGGAGGAGGAGGAGGAGGAGGAGGAGAAGGAGGAGGGGGAGGAGGUGGAGGAGGAGGCAGGGGAGGAGGGUCAGCUGGUGGAUCUCUUAAGAAUUUAUCAGCUGGAUCGAUGAGGAAGCUCGCUGCUGCUGCUGCUGGGGCUGCUGCUCAGGCAGAGGGGACUGGGCAUGCCAAAAGUGGAAAUGUUGGCAUAAGUGGAAGUGUUGCAAAAAAUGGAAAUGGUGCCAGAAGUGGGAGCGGAAGCUGGAGCGGUUCAGGGCGUGUGGCGUGGGUGGGAGAGAAGAGUGGGGAGGGAGAGAAGGGAGAGGAGAGAGGGAAGAUGGAGAAUGGGGGGUGGCGGGACGCGGCGGGGCGUGGUUCGAGGUAUUUUGAAGCAAGAGACACAGUUGAGGGGUUUCAAGAGGUAGGGGCGGAGGAGAGAAGGGAGGUGAGUUGGGAGGAAGAAGAGGAGGAAGAGGAGGAGGAGGAUGAGGUGGGGACCGAGCAGGAGGAGGAGAGAGAAGCGCCUAGGACAAUGCGUCUGGACCCUCGUUUGGUUGAGGAAGUGAGGGAGAGAGAGAUGGAGAGGCAGAGGGAGAGACAGAGGCAGGAGGAAACGGUGGGGAUCGAGCAGAAGGGGCAGAAUGGGCAGCAGGUGCAGCAGUUAGGGGAGGAUGGGCAGACAGGGAGUCAAUCACGAGCGGUGAGGGUAGCAGGAGGGGCAGUGGGAGCAGCGGCAGGAGGGGCAGAAGGAGCAAGGGAAGGAGCCAGAGCAGGGGCGGCGGCAGAGGCAGUGGUAGUGGCAGGAGCAGGAGGAGCAGGAGCAGCAGGGGGAAUGGGAAAAGGGGGGAUGGGGGAAGAGGUAUUGGGGAGAGGGGGAAUGAGGUCCGCGGAUGGGACUCCAACGAAGACUGCUAGUGCGCCGCUCCUUACAGGCCUGCAUGUUACAAGCACUCCCGAUGCUGCCAUUGCCCCUGCUGCUGGUGCUGGUGCUUCUGCUGCUGCUGGUAGUGGUGCAGCUGCUACAGGGGCUCAACCCACCCUUCUUCCUACUCCUUCAAAUCUACCCCAGUUCAACACUCCUCCCGAACCUGCUUCCAAGGCUGCAGCCGAAGCUGCUGCCGAAGCUGCAGGUCGGGGUGCUCAAGCUUUUCAGGCUGCCCGUUUGGGACCAGAAGCAGAGCCUGAGAGUGACGCUUUCUUUGAUUCCUGCCCGAACUUUGAAUCCCCAAAACUGAAAUUCCACACUCCCCCAUCUGACGUGAAUGCGUCUCUCCUCAAUUCAGACUCCCUCACUCUCUCAGACCCUCACACUCUUCCCACUCCCCCCACACACUCUCAUUCCCACACCCCCCCUGCCCCCAACACUCACUCUGGCCUGCAUUCCUUCUCAGAAUCUCACAGUUUCUCUCAUUUCCACACUCACUCUGACCCUCACACCUCCUACCCUCACGCUCACCUUCACGUUUUCUCAGAUCCCCACACUCACUUCUCCCCUUCUAAAGACUUCUCGUUUGGUACGAGAAGGAGGUUGGAUCUGGGUCAAGCGAACGAGGGGGGGAGAUGGGGAGAAGGGUUUGGGGUGCUUCGCUGCCCUGCUGCCAGCAAGCCGUCUUCAAAGGUUCAAGCCUCCCCUUGUGUGCUGGAUUCGGAGUGGUUGAGAGCGGUGCAGCCAGAUGUGGUGCUCUUGGGGGGCUCCACUGCCUGCCUGCGCUGCGACCUGCACUGGCAAGAUGGAAACACACAGCCCACCGCUGUUGCUGCUGCAGCUAAUUCUGCUGAUUCUGCUACUGCUGCUGGGGUUUCUGAUGCUGCUGGUGCUGCUGCUGCUAGUGCUGCUGCUGCUGCUGGUGCUGCUGGUUCUGGAGGGUCAGCACAAGGCCCAACAGCAGGAGGACUAAAGGGAUCAGGAGUGGCAGAAAAGGGAAGCCAUUGUGACAGCCGUACCUUAGCUGCAGAGGUUCGGAGGAGCCUCGGUGAAUCAAGCUCGGGAGAAGGAGGCGGUGCAUCAAUCGUUUCUCUCCGACCCGCCACACUCGCUCAGGUGCUAGAGUCCGUGGUCACUGUGGGGACAGCCCUAGGUCUGUAUCAGCCAGCCCAGGCCCUCUCCUCUCACCUCCACCUGCGCCUCCGCUCCCUCGCUGCUGCCCUCGCCACCGCCCCCCGCCCCCGGGUCACCUCCCUAGAAUCCAUCUCUCCUCUCGUUAUGGCUGGGCAUUGGCUUCCCGAGAUGAAAGUUUUGGCCGGGGCGGAUGAUGGCGGGCUGCAGGAGCCGGGCAGCCCGGUGCAGAAGGUUUUGUGGGAGAGCAUUACAGCGUUUGGGCCGCAGGUGCUGUUUCUGACGCCGUGUGCUGCUGAUGUGACGACUGCUCUUGCUCAG